CUUUCUUCGUUUAUAUCUAAUUGUCUAAAUUGAUUUUAGAUUUUGAUUUCUAUAAUAUUUUAAUCGUCAAAAUGCAUUAUUCCUUUCCUCUUAUCGCGCUUGCAACCAUUAUUUCCGCAUCUCCUCUUCCUGCAAAUACAAAUGUGAAUCCGAAAGCAAUAACGUCAACUAAAUGCACAGCCAAGCAAGUAACUAUCAAUAGCCAUGAUAUCAAUGUUGCCCUCCUCUCUAUUUGCGGAGGCAUUGCAGGCAAAAUUGAGCAAUGCCAGGGAAAUCCUACGAACACAACCGGCGCAUCGGGGGGCGCAUUUCUGUCAUUAGAAGCUGCGACUCCGGGACAAACAAUUGAUAUUACAAAGGGCCGGUGGGAAGGAUGCAUGCGUGCUGCUAGAGCCGUAUGUGGAGAUAGCCCAUUCACAAGCACAUGCAUCGGCGGCGCUGAUAUAAACAGAGGAAAUGUCAACUUUUCUCUGGCUGCGCAAUAAAAAGUUAGGAAGCAUAAUACUUACAUAUAAUAACAUACCAGCUGGUCUGGUAUCUGCAACUGGAAGCGUAUUCGCAGGAUUACAUCCCUAUGUAUUUAGGGCCAAUCCCAGCACCAGAUUUUCUUAUGCACCUAAAAGAUCUGGAACUUACAAUACGAUACAGUCUUUCCACAGUGCUCAUUGUAGCAAACUGGGCCAAAUUAGAUCUCGUGUUUUUAUUGUAAGCUUAUGUAUUCUUUAUAAAAAGAGCUCUCACC